UUCCGUGUAAAUACAACCGAUAUAAUUUUCCCAACACUCGAGCUAAUGAAUAAAUUGUCCGAAAGAUAAGCUUUUAUAAGCUUCGAAAUGAAUGAGGAGGUAGAACUUCCUUUACUGUCACUGGACAGCGGUUCGUUAUUCCGAUACAUACAAGAUCAAGGCGGCCGUGAGAGACAUUCAAGUUGUUUUUGCAUCGAGCGCGGAAAAAAUGUACGAUAUUUGGAUGAAUUCGCGAGGUGGUUUCCUUUCCCUAAAGGAACAGACUACAUAAAAUAUACAUAAUUUUUAUUGUGUUUGGUGUUAUUGGCGCGUUUUCGAGCACGUACUUAGUUUUGUCAUCGAACAUCAACUUUCAGUUUGUUAAGUGUAUAGAAUCAUGGAAGGCGAAGGUGAAAAAACGAGCGAUCUGAAGACUGUAUCACAGUUGGUUGAAAACGAAUCAGCUGGGAUUGGGAUGAAUGGGACUAAAUUAGUGUCAGGAGAAGUAGAUGAAAUCAAAUCAAGUAAGAAGAAAUUUUCGAAUCGCCAGAAAGGAUGCAUGCUGAUGUUAGCCCUCGCGGACUUCAUGAGUUUCUGCUCCAUGUCCAUCAUGGCCCCCUUCUACCCCAAGGAGGCAGCCAACAAAGGGAUGACCGAAUCGAUGGCCGGCGUGGUCUUCGGUUAUUAUGCCAUGAUAGUAUUCCUUUCUUCACCAAUUAUCGGAAAAAUUUUACCAAAGGUUGGAGUGAAAUUCGUAUUCACUGGUGGUUUCCUCAUCUCCGGUAUUAGUAGUGUAGCUUUUGGAUCUCUUUACCUCAUUCAGGAUUAUAAUACUUUCACGAUAUUGUCAUUCGUGAUAAGAGGAUUCCAGGCCCUUGGAUCCAGUGCAUAUUCCACAGCUGGCUUCGUGUUGGUCAUCAACAUUUUUCCUGAUCAUGCCGCCACUGUGAGGGGUAUUUUAGAAACUUUUGUUGGCCUUGGAUUGAGUGCUGGUCCAGCAAUUGGCGGAAUAUUAUUCGCGUUCGGAGGGUUCGGGCUUCCUUUUUAUGUGAUAGGAUUACUGAUGAUCGUCGUAUCUCCUUUGAAUAUUUGUGUACUGCCUCCUGCUGAAAAAUGUCCGAUUGGAACGAAGUCAGGAUCAUUAACAAGUGUGUUGAGGCUCACACCAGUAAUUAUCACGUGUUUCAUAAUGGUGGUGGUUUCAAUGACUUGGGGUUUCUUAGAUCCCACGUUAGAACCCUAUUUGAGAAAGUUUGAUUUGAGCCCAACUUAUGUUGGGUUGAUAUUCCUAUUGUGUUCAGCGAUGUAUGGGAUAUUCUGUCCCAUCUGGGGAUGGUGCACCGAUAAAGUAUAUAAUUACUGGUGGUUCAUGAUUGUUGGUCUAUUCGGAAAUUCCAUAGUACUUCUGAUUCUUGGACCAUCACCCAUACUGUACUUUUUAGACGGCUCACUCACGACAGUCAUCGCAACUCUUUCAACUUUAGGCGUAUUUGUGGCAAUGGCUUUAAUGCCUACGUAUCAAUAUAUCCUAGAUACCGCUCUAGGAUAUGGUUAUGCAGAUGACCUGAUGACCCACUCCGUGAUCGCUGGCCUUUGGUCGUCCGUAUUCUCCCUGGGAGAAAUCCUAGGCCCCAUGAUUGGAGGAACUUUGAUGCAGCACUACAAGUUCCCUAUUGCAUGCACCUUUUUCGCUGCCCUGAAUUUAUUCAUGGGUAUCCUGUGUUCGGUGUACUUUUGGUAUUCGAAUAAAUCGACUGUGAUCAAUCUAGAAGUAAUCAAGAAUGGCGUCAAGAAAUUAUCCGUCAGCAAAAAGAAAGAGAGCAGUAGCAGCAAUGCUCAGAACACGACCAGCGUUGAGAAGAGUGAUGAACCCUCCAUUGAGAAGUAA